CUUCAGGGUGUCAUGAUGACAUGGACAGACGGGUGUCUAUGAUCAGCCUGGCCCAGGAUCAAGUCAAGGACACGUACCGGCGGCGGCAGAUGCAGAGGACCAUGACCAGGCAGAUGUCGUUCGACCUGACCAAGCUGCUGGUGACGGAGGACUGGUUCUGUGACAUCAGCCCCCAGACCAUGAGGCGGCUGCUCAACAUCGUCUCCAUCACAGGUCGCCUGCUGCGCGCCCAUCAGAUCCUCUUUAGCUGGGACCGCCUGGCGUCGUGGAUCCACCUGACGGAGGAGUGGCCGUACAGAACGUCGUGGAUCAUCCUGUUCCUGGAGGAGGCCGAGGCCGUGUCGGAUCAGGUCACACUCAAGACCAUCUACGAGAGGAUCUCCAAAAACAUCCCCACCACCAAGGACGUGGAGCCGCUGCUGGAGAUCGAUGGAGAUAUCCGCAGCUUUGAGGUCUUCCUGUCCUCCAGGACGCCUGUCCUCGUCGCCAGAGACGUGGAGACGUUCCUGCCCUGCACUGUCAACCUGGACCCCAAACUCAGGGAGAUCAUCGCAGAUGUGCGUGCGGCCAGGGAGCAGAUGCAUUUAGGAGGGGUGACCUAUCCCACGCUGCCCCUGCAGGAUGCGGCGCCGCGACCCCCGCCGGGCUUCGGCCCGCUCUCCGCCGCCGGCUCCCCGACCGGCUCCUUCGGCGGCGCGCUGCCGCCUCAGCCGCACAGCGCCUACUUCAGUGGGAUGACGGGCCCUCAGCACCCCUUCUACAACCGGCCGUAUUUCCCCCAUCAUGUCUACCACUUGCCGCGACCUUACGCUCACCUCGCCCCCUCAUCCUCACGUCCCUUCGCUAAACCAUCCAGUUCGCUGCAGAAGGCCGCCGGACUCGAAGUUAUUGCAGAGGAUGCCAGGGAGGGCCUCCCCUCCAGCCCAUGUGACCCAGCCAUGCUGUGUCCAGUGGUGCCGCUCAGCUCACUGGGGACGGAGGCCGUGUGCGAACGGCUCAGACAGAUCGACGGGAUGGACCCCAGCAUGCUGCCGCAGUAUGCAGCAACCGUCACGAAGGCGAACAUCAACGGCCGAGUUCUGACUCACUGCAACCUGGACGAGCUGAAGAAAGAGAUGGACAUGAACUUUGGAGACUGGCAACUUUUCAGAGGAAUGGUGAUGGAGCAGCGGCACGCGGAGACGCAGGCGGCGCUGCAGGAAGAGUCUCGUGCCGCCAGUGAGCAAGGCAGCAGCGUUCUCCACGGGGAGUCGGGCCUGCGCCCGGCGGGGACGCAGCGCGACGGCGCCGCCCCCUUCAGCCUCGCCCUGAGCUUCGAGGAGCUGAGCGGCGCCGGGCUGGAGGAGCCGCCGCGGCACAGCAGCAACCCGCAGUGGACGGCGACGAACCCCCACACCUCCAGCAUGUCCAGCCUCAUCUCCCAGGAAUCCUCCAAUGACAUCUGCAAGCUGACGGACAAGCAGCAGGCGGAGUACCGGGACGCCUACAGGGAGUACGUGGCCCAGAUGGCCCAGCUGGAGAUGACCGGCAGCGGGGCGGAGCGGCCCGUCCAGCCCCAUCCGAACCACUUCCUCCAGGCCUCCUGUUCAGAGGACAAAGGGGCCAAGGAGGGAACAGACCCAGACGGCCGCAAGCCCUUCAAGAGGGGCUCCAAGAGCAGCGACACCACAGACUUUGCCUCGGGCGCCGACACGCCGCUCCUGGACCCCAUCAGCGAAGAGGAUGAGAACCACAGCCUGUCCUCCAGGACCCCGGCUUCAAAGAAAGCAGCGGGGUCGUACUACCACAAGCUCCCCAGCGAAGACGACUCCGGCCCCGAGGAAGCCGACAACACCACGCCACUCCUCCACAAGGCGGGCCGCGCCAGUCCGCCAUCACCUGGCGUCCACUCAGACGUCCUGGAGAAGAAGGACUCGGAUUCAGGGAUGCGGUCCAGCAACAGCUCCCUGGGUUCGCCCCCGGAGCAGGCCGGCGGAGCGCUGAACCCCGGCCUGAUCGAGCUGGAGCUGGAGGGCCUGGUGAGGAAGAGGGGCCUCCUGCCCAGCCGGCUGCAGGACGCGGCGGUGGCCCGCAUGUCCAUCUGCUCCGACGCGCCGUCUGAAGCCAGCCUGAUGGCGAGCAGCCCGGACGAAGGCUGGCCCGCCGACUCGGUCAGCAACCUGAACCGCACCGCCAGCACCACCACCCUCAACAACAACUCAACGACAGACGACCCCAACUCCAACUCCAACAACAGUUGUCAGCGGCAGGAGAACUUCCUGGACUCCAGCAUCAUCAUCCACCCAGGAAGCACCGCCGCCACCGCCGUCCAUCAGAACCAGAACCUGUGCUCCAUCAACCUGGGAGACGAGCGGGAGAGCGUUCUCUGAGGCCCUCCUCUCUAAUUUGGGUCAUGUUCAUCUUUGAUGUUGUGAUGUUUUAGUGCAGGAGUCUGUGGAAUGAGUAGCUGAUCCAAAUAAAACCAUUAGCAGAACUCCUGACCUCAAAUC